AAUUUGUAACCUCGUGAAAAUUGUAUGGUGCCAAUUAAACCAAUUAAGAACUAUAGAAAAGUAGAUCAUGGUAAGCAGAAUCGGUGGGCAUGAGUAUUACAACCAAAAUCAUUUUCGUUUCAUUAUAAUCGGGAAAUACCUAGCCUACAAGAGAGUUGCUAAAAAUGAGUAAUGAUGUUGCCAAAAAGAGGGGGAAAGCACCUGGUGAGAGAAAGUCGACUAAAAGAAAAGCCAAAAGAAGGGAGACUUACGCUGUGUAUAUCUACAAAGUUCUGAAGCAGGUCCACCCAGACACCGGCAUCUCGAGCAGAGCUAUGAGCAUAAUGAACUCCUUCGUCAACGACGUCUUCGAGCGGAUCGCGACAGAAGCCUCCCGACUGACCCAAUACAACAAGCGGUCCACCAUCACCAGCCGUGAAGUGCAGACUGCCGUCCGCCUUCUGCUCCCCGGAGAGCUGGCGAAACACGCCGUCUCUGAGGGUACCAAGGCGGUCACCAAAUACACCAGUUCAAAGUGAACCUUGAAUGCCUCUGAAAAUUGAUCCGCUGACAAUUUAAGACUUCACCAACACGUAUUGCGUGUCAAAUAAGUUCUGCGCAGGUUCACUAUUAUGCAUAUAAUCCGUACUGAUUUAUUAACAUUGUCUUGUGGAAAAUGUCAUGCAGAAUAUAUUUGACGAUCUCUGAUGUACCCAUUUGACUCGACACAUUUUGUGGAGCAUUAUGACCGGGCACUGCAAGAAGUGCAUUUUGUUUUGGCCAUGUUUAUUUUGUGAAAUAAAUAUGCGUGCACA